AUGAACAAAAACGAUUUUCUUGAUCGGAACCCAGCUGUCAGUGAAAACUGCACCAACAUCUAUUAUGGAUACUGGUACUCUGUCAGAAUCAAACCGCAAGUCUUGAACAGUGACAAUGGAAGCACUGCAGCCUGGUACCCGACGUGGACAUACACUGCGCCACUCGCUACGGAUACAGACUUCUCCGCUAGCCCUGUUCAAAGCGGUAUUGCCACUGCUUGCCAGGACUAUUAUAUUGCAGAUGAGACAGAUACGUGCGAGAGCAUUGUUUCCUCAGAAGGCUUUUUGACUGAAGAUCAAUUCGUCGAAUGGAAUCCAGCCGUCGGAACAGACUGUUCUGGUAUCAAGUCAGGUUACUAUUAUUGUAUUUGGAACGGGACCGCGAUGCCCAUGCCAUCAACAAUGACCGUUCAGCCAUCCCCUGUGCAGACAGGGAUUACCUCCAGCUGUAAAGCUUGGUACAAGGCCAGCGACGGGGAUGACUGCGAUCUGAUUCUAGAACAGUUCGGCACCUUCUCGAAGUCUGACUUCUUGAAAUGGAACCCUGCUGUCAAGUCCGAUUGCUCUGGCUUGGUUGACGGCGAUUACUAUUGCGCCGCUGUUCCAGACACGCCCACCACCCGAACUGGAUCUAUGACUUCUCUUCCAACUCCCACUAUCCCGGCUGGUACCAUUUCAAGUUGCUCAGAGUACUGGCUGGUCGGAACGAACGAUAACUGUACAACAAUUGCUGAUACAAAUGGAAUUUCCGUCGUUAAUCUUGAGUCCUGGAAUCCUUCUCUUGGAGCAAAUUGCACUGGAUUGAAAUCGAACACCUAUAUCUGUGUUGACGCUCCCAGCAAUUCUACGAGCAUAUCGUCAGCCAGCAUUUCAUCUUCUUCAACGUCAUUAUCCACCUCCUCUAGGACUUCCACAUCCACGGCGUCUGGGGUAACCCGCCCAUUCCCUGUUCAGACCGGCAUAACUGGUGAUUGUAUUCGAUUCUACAAGGUCCAGACCAAUAAUUAUUGUUAUGACAUUGCCCAAGAGGCCGGAGUGGCACUUGAUGACUUCUACAGUUGGAAUCCAGCCAUCAAGAGUGACUGCUCUGGCCUACAAUCUGGGGAGUUUGUUUGCAUUGGAGUGUCAGGAUAUGCAACUACAAUCUCUAGUGGCACCCCUGUUCCUGUAACCCCAACCCCAACACAAACUGGAAUGGUGUCCGGGUGCCUUCGUUUCUAUGAUGUACAAAAGGGAGAAGGUUGCACGGAUAUAGCAUCUGAGGCAGGUAUUGCUCAAACUGACUUCUACAGCUGGAACCCGGCUGUGAACACGGACUGCGCGGGCUUACAAGCCUCCGUUUUCGUGUGCAUCGGAACUACCGGUCCAAUCACGACAAUCACUAGUGGAACCCCGGUACCUGUCACAUCUAAGAGCUAG